AUGUCUCAGCCUGCCAUGUCUGGAAGAAGACAGAUCGACAUCGAUAAGGAUAGAGCAACGGUGCUCCUUUUGAUCAACACACAUCUCAUAAAGAAGGCAUACCAGAUGUAUGUGUCGUUUCUCAGCAAUCCUCCAGCGCUCCAGCUGUUGGCGCCUCAGGGCAGACAGCAGGUGUUGGAACAGUACUCGAAUUUGAAUCGUCGCCUUCAGUGCAAUCUAUCUGUGUUGCUGUACAUCAACGAUACGUAUCAUAACAAGGCUGCUGCUCAGCAGCCCAACCGGUUGCAGUUCCCUGUGAUACUCUCGGCACCAGCUGAACUACCUGAGUUACGCUCCCUAUAUAAGCGUCUCCAAGACCUAUAUCCCGAGGCGUUGCAAUUCUUGAAGGUGAAAUUGCAACAGAUGAAGCAGCAGCAGGAAAUGCAACGGCCCGGUAUGGUCCAACAACCUCUGCAGCAGCCUAUUCCACAGUCCCAACAGCAUACACAGCGGCCUAUGCCUGGAGCUCAUCUCCAGCAGCAGCAGCAACCUCAGCAACAACAACAUCAACAACAUCAACAACAUCAACAGCAGCCUCCACAAAACCAAAGCCCCUUUGACCAGUUUGCCAUGCCUCCAAACUCCGAUAUGAACCAGAGGAGCAGGGCUCAGGCCCAAAAACCACAAGUGCAGCAGCAAGCUCACAAACCUAUGGAUAUGUCACAAUCUAAUUCUUUCAUGGGCCCUCCAAAGGACCAAGACUUCCUUGCGUUCAACAACAACCCUAACAACAAUAACGGCAUUGGUGGUGGCUCCUUCGCUGGUGGUUUCGCUGGUAACGAAAACCCUGACGGCAUGCCAAUGAACAUGCUGUCGAUCCUGCCUCAGCAGAUUCUUCAACAACAACAAAACGGCGGCGGCGGCGGAGGCAAUGAUUUCCUGAUGGACUUCUAUUGA